AUGAGUACCACACCUGAGCACGACAAGCAGAAACGACGUCACGUUGAGAACUGGCUCGAAGAGGUAAACAACGGCGAUACAUCAGAUCCUGUCAAACCGCGCAACACCGAUGGCGGCCCUGAGCAUUUAAGCAACAACCCUUCGAAAUCGCACUGCGCAGACCACACAGGUAUUGCUGAGACGCAAGAUGACCCAGCACUCGACCCCACCGCGAAAUAUGCAAAGCGACGGAGACACAGGACUAGAGCGGACAAGUACGAAUACAAAGGCAGCCUCGAGCCGAAGAACAGGUCGACCAAGAAACGAGGAACGAACCCAACAAAACUGAAAGGCGUGCCUUCAGCGCACGAAAACUUUCGUGCAGACAACGUUCAUUCUAUCCGUGUAUCACUCAAACCGGAUGUCAACACUGGUUUCAGUCGAAGUAAGACGUCCGCUCCGCUUGCUGGUCGUGAUACAGCGGAUCUUACCUUCCCGACGAUGGAUUUUCUGACGACCCCAGCACAUGACGUGAGCUCGAGUACAGCGAAGCUGCAUAUGCGCCAAGCAAGACAGCAAGAUGCGCGGAGAAAGAAGAGGAAGCUUACUCAAGACGACUACGCCUCGAAGUUGAACAAGCAUGAGAAAGUCCCGCCUCAUACUUCCACAGAUUCAGAGAGCGUCGAAGCCAUGCCAUCACCACCUGCGCCCCUUCGCACACAUUCUGGUCCUACACACAACGCAUUGGACGCCAGUCAUGCUAGACAAGGCCUCUAG